UCAAAUUGAGGCGCCGAGUCGUUGCUUGGUUUCCUGGGCUUCGGGCGGAGACUAGGUUGGUGAUUCGAAGGCUCGGGCGGGUGCAGGACACACGCCGGGGCCAGUCACAGUCCCUGGUGGAGAGCGAUUUCCCCGGCCACGCCAGCACCCGACAGGGGAGGAGGGCACCCGGGUCCGCGCCGGCCGCCGAGCCGCUCCACGCCCCCACGGCGCCCAAGUCCGCGACCAGGCCUUGAUUUUUCGGCGGGGACCGUCAUGGCGUCUCAGCCGAAUUCAUCUGCGAAGAAGAAAGAUGAGAAGGGGAAGAACAUCCAAGUGGUGGUGAGAUGCAGACCAUUUAAUUUGGCAGAGCGGAAAGCUAAUGCCCAUUCUGUAGUAGAAUGUGAUCACAUACGGAAAGAAGUUAGUGUACGAACUGGAGGAUUGGCCGACAAAAGCUCAAGGAAAACAUAUACUUUUGAUAUGGUUUUUGGAGCAUCUACUAAACAAAUUGACGUUUAUCGAAGUGUCGUUUGUCCAAUUCUGGAUGAAGUUAUUAUGGGCUAUAACUGCACUAUUUUUGCAUAUGGCCAAACUGGCACUGGAAAAACCUUUACAAUGGAAGGUGAAAGGUCCCCUAAUGAAGAAUAUACUUGGGAGGAGGAUCCUUUGGCUGGUAUAAUUCCACGUACUCUUCAUCAAAUUUUUGAGAAACUUACUGAUAAUGGUACUGAAUUUUCAGUCAAAGUGUCACUGUUGGAAAUCUAUAACGAAGAGCUUUUUGAUCUCCUUAAUCCAUCUUCUGAUGUUUCUGAGAGACUACAGAUGUUUGAUGAUCCCCGUAACAAGAGGGGAGUGAUAAUCAAAGGUUUAGAAGAAAUUACAGUACACAACAAAGAUGAAGUCUAUCAAAUUUUGGAGAAGGGGGCAGCAAAAAGGACAACUGCAGCAACUUUGAUGAAUGCCUACUCUAGUCGUUCCCACUCAGUUUUCUCUGUUACCAUACAUAUGAAAGAAACUACAAUUGAUGGAGAGGAGCUUGUUAAAAUUGGAAAGUUGAACUUGGUUGAUCUUGCAGGAAGUGAAAACAUUGGACGUUCUGGAGCAGUUGACAAGAGAGCUCGGGAAGCUGGAAAUAUCAAUCAAUCCCUGUUGACUUUGGGAAGGGUUAUUACUGCUCUUGUAGAAAGAACACCUCAUGUUCCUUAUCGAGAAUCUAAACUAACUAGAAUCCUCCAGGACUCUCUUGGGGGGCGUACAAGAACAUCUAUAAUAGCAACAAUUUCUCCUGCAUCUCUCAAUCUUGAGGAAACUCUGAGUACAUUGGAAUAUGCUCACAGAGCAAAGAACAUACUCAAUAAGCCUGAAGUUAACCAGAAACUCACCAAAAAAGCUCUGAUUAAGGAGUAUACAGAAGAGAUAGAGCGUCUGAAACGAGAUCUUGCUGCAGCCCGUGAAAAAAAUGGAGUGUACAUUUCUGAAGAAAAUUUCAGAGCCAUGAGUGGAAAACUAACUGUUCAAGAAGAACAAAUUGUAGAAUUGCUUGAAAAAAUUGCUGCUGUUGAGGAAGAGCUAAGUAGGGUUACAGAAUUGUUUAUGGAUAAUAAAAAUGAACUUGACCAGUGUAAAUCUGACCUGCAAAGUAAGACACAGGAACUUGAAACCACUCAAAGACAUUUACAAGAAACUAAAUUACAGCUUGUUGAAGAAGAAUAUUUCACAUCAGCUUUGGAAAGUACUGAGGAGAAACUUCAUGAUACUGCCAGCAGGUUGCUUAACACAGUUGAAGAAACUACAAAAGAUGUAUCUGGUCUCCAUUCUAAACUGGAUCGUAAGAAGGCAGUUGAUCAGCACAAUGCAGAAGCUCAGGAUAUUUUUGGCAAAAACCUGAAUAGUCUGUUUAAUAGUAUGGAAGAAUUAAUUAAGGAUGGCAGCACAAAACAAAAGGCCAUGCUAGAAGUUCAUAAAACCUUGUUUGGUAACCUGCUGUCUUCCAGUGUCUCUGCACUAGACACGAUUACUACAACAGCACUUGGAUCUCUCACAUCUAUUCCAGAAAAUGUGUCUACACUUGUUUCUCAGAUUUCUAAUAUGAUAUUAAAAGAACAGUCAUUAGCAGCAGAAAGUAAAACUGUACUUCAGAAACUGAUUAAUGUACUUAAGAGUGACCUCCUCAGUUCACUGGAAACAGUUUUAUCCCCCACUGUGGUAUCUAUACUGGAAAUCAAUAGUCAACUAAAGCAUAUUUUCAAGACUUCAUUGAUACUGGCUAAUAAGAUAGAAGAUCAGAAGAAGGAAAUGGAUGGAUUUCUCAGUACACUGUGUAACAAUCUACAUGAACUAAAAGAAGAUACAAUUUCUUCCUUGGCUGAAACACAGAAGCUAUGUGAAAACUUAACUGAAGACCUGAAGACAAUAAAGAAAAUCCAUUCACAGGAACUUUGCCAGUUAAUCAAUCUUUGGAAGGAGAGAUUCUGUGCUUUGGAGGAAAAGUGUGAAAACAUGUGGAAACCACUUAGCAGUGUUCAAGAAAAUACAGAGCAGAAAUCUAAAGAUAUAAUCAGCAAAACAACUUCUCACAAUGAAAAAUUUGGUGCUGAUUUUGAUGACUUGUCAGCGGAACUCAGACAUUUUAACCAGGAAGGUACAAAACUGGUUGAAGAGUCUGAGAAACACUGUGAUAAACUCAGUAGCAACCUUGAAGUAAUAUCUCAAGGGACUGAACAGAGAUGUGAGGCUCUGAACACAAGCACACUUUGUUUUUCUGAACAGUGGGUAUCUUGCUUAAAUAAAAGGGAAGAGGAACUUCAGAAUUUAUUGAAGGUUGUACAACAAGGUUGUGAGGCUUCAAGUUCAGAGAUUACUGAAAAAUUAAUUGGACAUAAAGCAGCUAAUGAGAACCAGCAUAACAUUCUUCUUGGUCAGAUAACUGUUGAUGAAGAAGAAUUAAUGACACAAAGUCAAGAACUUAAUAAAACUGUAAAAAUUGGUUUGACUAAGCUUAAUUGCUUUCUGCAACAGGAUCUGAAACUGGAUAUCCCAACAGGUACGACACCACAGAGGAAAAAUUAUUUAUACCCAUCAACACUGGUGAGAACCCAGCCACGUGAACAGCUCCUUGAUCAGUUGAAAAGGAAACAGCCUGAGCUGUUAAUGACGCUAAACUGUUCAGAAAACAACAAAGAAGAGACCAGUCAGGACUUGGAUGAAGAAAAGGCGGUUCUGGUGCACACUGUUGAAGAACCUCUAAGUCAAGAGCCAUCUGUAGACACUAGUUUGGAUUGUUCAUCAAGUGGUGGGGUUCCAUUUUUCCAGCAUAAAAAAUCACAUGGAAAAGAUAAAGAAAACAGAGGCAUUAAUCCGCUGGAGAGGUCUAAAGUAGAAGAAACUACAGAGCAAUCUGUUAUGAAGAGCAGAUUACCUCUACGAGCCCAGAACAAUUUUUAGUUAACUUGAGGACAGGGACUUCCCUGGUGGCACAGUGGUUAAGAAUUCGCCUGCCAAUGCAGGGGACACGCGUUCGAUCCCUGCUCCAGGAAGAUUCCACAUGCUGUGGAGCAACUAAGCCUGCGUGCCACAAAUACUGAGCCCGUGUGCCACAACUACUGAAGCCCAAGCGCCUAGAGCCCAUGCUCUGCAACAAGAGAAGCCACCGCAAUGAGAAGCCCACGCACCGCAAUGAAGAGUAGCCCCCACUCACUGCAACUAGAGAAAGCGCGUGCGGCAAUGAAGACCCAAUGCAGCCAUAAAUAAAUUAAUUAAAAAAAAAUAACCUACUAUACCAAGAGACAGACCAAAAACCCACAGAAAACAACAGAAACAAAUUACAGAAAUUACAGCUAACUGAGUUGCCAAACAAGAUCUUUUAUUUAUUUAUUUUUGGCCACACCAUGCAACUUGCAGGAUCUUAGUUCCCCGACCAGGGAUUGAACCCAGGCCGUGGCAGUGAAAGUGCUGAGUCUUAACCACUGGACUGCCAGGGAAUUACCCAAAUUCUUUAAAUGUUUACUUUUAUGGAAUUCCCAAACAAGAUCUUUUAAAAUUAAAAAAAAAAGAAUCAGAUGGAAAUUCUAGAACUGAAAAAUACAAUAAAUUAUGAAUACAGCGGCUGGGUUUAGUUGCUGAAUAGACAGUUAAAAAGAGUUUCAAAAAGUGGAUGGUAGGUUAGAAGAAAAUUGUUACACUGAAGCAUAGCAAGACAAAAGGAUGAGAAAUAUGAAAGAAACAGGAUGUGGUGAAGAUAUCUAACAUCCAUAUAAUUAGUGCCUCAUAAGGAAAAAGAGAGAAUGGGACUGAAGCCCUAUAAUUCCUGAGCAGGAUAAAUGCAAAAUCACACCUAGGUACACCAUAGGCAAACUGCUAAAAGCUUAAAUGAAAUAAGAAAGUAAAAACAAUAGAGAUACUUAAACUGCUGAAACAAAAUAACUGAUUGCCAUCACAGAACUCUAUACCUAAUGAAAAUAUUUUUCAGGAAUGAUGGUUCAUUAAAGGCAUCUUAUGUGUCUAAGAAAUGAAAAUUGAUUUUUGUCAUCACCAAACUGGCACUAAAGGAAACACUAAAGAGUGUUCUUUAAGUGAAAAGAAAAUGAUACCAAAUGGCAUCUCAGAGAUGCAGGAAAGAAUAAAGAACAAUGGAAAAUAUAAAUGCAUCAGAAAGGUAAAUAAUCACUACAAAACAAUAACAAUGUUUUAUAGGGUCUAAAAUAUAUAUGGAAUUAAAACCCUCAAGAAUAGCACAUAAAAUGGAAGAAGGAUGGGACUUCCCUGGUGGUCCAGUGGGUAAGACUCCAUGCUCCCAAUGCAGGGGGCUGGGGUUUGAUCCCUGGUUGGGGAACUAUAUCCCAUAUUAUGCUGCAACUAAGAGUUCACGUGCCUCAACUAAGAAGCCUGCAUGCCACAACUAAGAAAUCUGUAUGCCACAACGAAGAUCCCACGUACCGCAACUAAGACCCAGAGCAGCCAAAAAAAAAAAAUAUAUGGAAGAAGGUUAAGAGGAGCUAAAGGAUUCAAAGAUUCUUUGAUUAUCUGGGAGGUAGUAAAGGUUCUAAUUAAUAUUAGACUGAUAAGCAAAGUCUAAGUAAAAUAUUAAACUUGAAAAGAAUGUAUUUUAUCAUUGGAUGGAUUUUUCUGUAAAUGUCAGACCAAGUUGAUUGAUAAGGUGGUCAGGUCUUCUGUAACCUUACUGAUUUUUCUGUGUAGUUGUUCUAUUAAUUAAAAUGUUGAAGUCUUGAGAAUUCCCUGGUAGUCCGGUGGUUAAGACUCCAUACUUCCAUUGCCAAGGGCCCGCGUUUGAUCCCUGGUUGGGGAACUAAGAUCCCA